AUGUAAGAAAUCCAAUAAUCAUCACUAUCAAUUAUCCAGCAAACAUAGUCUAAAAUUGAAGAAAGUUUAUUAGUAGUAGGGUAUCAAAUAGAUGUACUUCUCAAUUUAUAUUCUUUUAGUCUGCUUUUGCUAGAAUAGAUGACUUAAUUGACUCACUUCUUCAGAUGCCAUUCAAAAACAUCAACCAUUCAACAGGGCUAUAUUUUGAAUUACCUUAAUGUGAUUUAUUUUCUAUCUCUGGGUUUAAAUACUAGUAACAAACUUUCGAAAGCGUGACUCCUUUAAUAUAGAAAAUUAAUUGGAAUGAAAUAUAACUUUAAGAAAAAAAUUUAAUAUAAAGAUAUUCCAAAUAGAAUAUGAUUAAUUAAGAGAAAGGAGGCAAUAUAGAAUCUUAAAAAUUUAAAUUAAAGAAUCUGAUCGUAUUUUAUUUGAAAAUAACUAAAAGGUUUUUAGCUAGCCAAAGAAGCAAGUAAUUUAAUACAAUAAUGAAUAAUAAUUGAUGGAUAAAUAAGUUGAAUUUAAAUUAAUUGAUGAUUCAACUAAAUAAAGUUCAUAAUGCUAUGCUAUUGCGUUUAAUAACACUGGAUUAAUUAUGAUUUCCUGUUGUAUUAAGUAAAUCAAAAUAUGGAAUUUUGAGAAAGGAAAAUUAAAUUUAUAAAUUCUUAUGAAACUCAUUAAAAAGCUAUUACAUGCUUGGUGUAUAGCUCAAAGAAAAAUAGUUUUAUUUCUGGCUCACAAGAUCAAACACUAAUCUGUUGGCUAUAAAUUAAUUAAAAGGAGUGGAAGUUUUCAUAACCUUACUAAUAACAUGAUGGAACUGUUAAUUGUUUAAUAUUAAAUAAAUAAGAGGAUUAACUUAUAUCACGAGGAUGUGAUUAUAAAAUAAUAGUUUGGCUGGUAGAUUUUAUAAAGAAUGAGUUGGUUUUCCUAUAUUCCUUAGAUAAACAUACCAACACUGUAUUUUCACUAAGUUUUAAUUAAUCUGAAACUCUAUUGGCAUCAUGUGGAUACGGAACAUUUAUAAUUUGGGAAAAAGGAUUAAAAGAAAAAUGGGAUUUUAAAUAUACUCAAAAUGUCUCAGCUGCAGGAUAUAAAAUCCAUGUCAUUAAUGAUUAAUAAAUAUUUUGGGUACCUAUGCACCAAUACAUUAAUGAACUUUUAGUAUUUGAAUUAUAGAAUGGAAACUUUUCAAAUAAUUAAAACAAAACUAUCAAUUUUAUUAGGAAUUAUGAAUCUUAAGAUUAAAGCUAUUUUCCAAUUAUGCAUAAUAAAGAUAGAAAUGUAAGAUUGAUUAGACAUAAAUAACAUAUCUAUUUGAUAAGAGAAUUUAAUGAUAGCACAUUUUAAAUUGUUUCAACCUUAAAUUGUUAAAGUUAAGAAAUAUAUGGGACAAUGACAAAUAAUGGAUAGUAUUUAGUAUUUCACAAUUAUAAUUCUGGAAAGUAUUCAAUAUAUGAAAUAAUAUAUUAGUGAUUCAAAAAUUUCCAUUUUUCCUUAUCGAUCUUAUAAAUGCUUAUUAUUAGCAACAGCAUGA